AUGUAUCCGGAACGGCGGCCGUACGCUACGGCGGUGAGGCACAGCGGCUACUUGUCGAAGCCUCUGCUUCCACCGGUGGAGGCGCUGCGGAUUUUGAACAGCGCUGUCGGCAUGGACAUCCCACGCUCCCUCCGCCGUGAAUGCGCAUCCACCGCGGCAGAUGACUCGGCACGAAAAACCUACUUGAGGCCCCGCACUGCUGGCGGGCCGUUGUCAUCGCUUGGCGUGCAGCGGCGGGGUUCGCCCACGCUGGAGUCUGCGAAGCCGUUCGCAUUCCGGGAGAAGCAAUACCACAACUCCCAACAAGUCGCCCUCAACGCCCAGCUAAGUAACGCCGUGGAAGAAUUGUUCAAGCUGUGGCACCGGAAGGUGCGUGACCUCCUCAAUUAUCUCGACGCCUAUCCACCACAGUGUGCGACGUCCAGCACGAUGAUGGAAGACGCGAUGGAGCACUACUUUCAGGGAUACCGCUUCACCCAAGCGCCGCCGGUGACGAUGGAGCAGCUGGCGCAGGACUUCAAGCUGGGGACCACACCCGAUAUGCUCAAUGCCAUUCAGAAAAGCCCGGCGCUAAAUACGGAGCGUAUUCGUCGCAGUCUGGACAGCCUCUUAAACGCCCGGCACUUUUUGGCCCCGCUGGAGCAAUACGUGCAGGAACUGGAGGACCUUGCGUCCCUGGCACUGAAGGAUGAGUCUUGCGAGGUGGUGGACGGCGUUCUUCGGGGCGCGGUGUGGCUGAGCAAGGCAGCCGUUGCAUUACAUGAGAAAUUUCACUAUGAUCCACUUGAAUACGCAUUGAAGGAGCUUCGGAAAAGCGAUUUGCCUAUUGAACGACUGGAGCGACGUGUGCUGGAAAAAAAGGAACAGAAGGAGCGCGCCAUCAAUGAGGAGUUACCAGGGGAGGCACUUAACUUCCUCACAUCACAGGUGGAUCUCAGUAAUGACCUCUUGCUCAUGAACAAGGCUCGUCUGGAUCUUGUGCAACUCCUCUCCAAUGACGUACGGGAGAUGAAGCCACUCAUAGACGCAGUAAUUAAGGACGCUCGUCGAAGCGUUGAGUUACUGAAGGGGCGCAUUGAACGGGAUCUUCCGCUGGUGAAGAAAGACUUGGAAAGCCUCUCCCACGACACACAGAACACGGAGGAGCACAUCAAAUACUUGCAACAAGUGGAUUCCGAUGCCAACAAGAAUGCACACCAGGAAUUUCGCAAGAUUGAGGAUGAUGAGAAGGAUCUGUGGGCGUUGUUGUUGGAGACGAUGCAGAAGCUGGUCAACAUCUCUGAAGAAAAGGAUGAUUUUGUAAAGUUGCAAAUGCGGCUUCGAGAACAACGGUCACGUGACAUGGCGCUUGCCUUGGAGCUUUUGAAGGCCCAGAAUCAGUAUCAUGAGUGCCUGCGCAGCUGUGAAGAGAGCCUUUGGCGUUGGUCCAGUGUGGCGGAGGUGUACGAGACAUAUGUGGAGGCGUAUGUGCCAAAGUUACUCAAGAAAUUGAAUGACGCAGAGGAGGCCGAACAACUUCUCUACAACCAUGAGGCGCAGGAGUAUGUUCGUCGCUAUGAAAUGUUUGAGUAUGCGGUGGAAGAGGGUCGUGCCACCCGUCAAGUCCAUGCAGACCGGUUAAGGGCGCUACAACGGUCAAAGCGACUUGACUUGGAACGGGCGUUGGCGACGCUUGAUCCGCAUGCUGAAAAGUACAACAAGGAGGUGGAAGAUGCACAGUCGCAGGUGGAAGAGACCGAGGCGUACAUCAGCCUUGUUGGGGAUCUCGAACGCGAGCGUCGCAGUGAGGUGGAGCCAAUCCUGCAGCACGUCCUCUCACACAACCGCACGAUGCUGACUCAGCGGGAGGCACUGUCGUCGAUCGAACAGACGCUACGGCUGCGAGACAAAUCCUCUGAGAAAAAUGACGCUUCUCCGGCGGAUGAGAUGGACGUCGAGGAGGCUGGCGAUGUUGUCGGGAGCACCGUGACGACUGCCGCGGCUGCUGCUCUUGGCUCGGAUGGGGAGCCGCUCGUCACGGACACCGACUUUGUGGGGACGUCGAGUUUUGCCUUUGCGCGGCCGCCGACGGGCACCGUGGGGAUGCACACAGGGACAGACAGCAUGAUGCUGGCGACGGUGGCCCACCCGCACGUCCAGGCCCGUACAAUUGGCAUUAAUCACGAAGAGGCGUUUCUGGAGAGGUACCGUCGCUUCACUGACGACGAGCAGCGCGCUGUGGAGGCGUCAGAGGCGAAGAUACGGCAGUUCCGCCAAGAUAUGGACAAAUUGGGCCUCAAGUACAACAACACGGAUUAUGUCAGGAUGAAGUUCGGGUCGACGGAGAGGAAUUACAUCAACUCCAGGGGUGGCAGUGCUGGUGAAGUGAAUGCUCAAUGA